AUGGGUGUUAUCAAUGCAAAAACAAGUAUUAUCGAGUCGGUUUGGACUGUCUUUCAUAAUAACAUUGGCUUAUGUCUUCCACAAAGUUCAAUAACAGGAUGUGCCGUCAACACAACACAAUUUGGAUGUUCCAAAUGUCAAGAUGAGUUUUUAACAUCAAAUUUAUAUGAAUGUGAAAAAUGCAAUGAAAAUUGCACGAAAUGUACUUCUCAAAAUCAGUGCACUUCUUGUGUUAAUAACAAGAUUUUAUUUGAAAAUGGACUUUGUUUUGAUAUUUCUUUUGUUAAAAAGUGCACUGAAAUUUUCAAUUCAAAAUGCUCCAAAUGUGCAUUUUGGUAUUCUCCAACUAAUUCUGGAACUUCAUGUAACAAGAAAGUGGUGUGGUGGGUCAUUUUGAUAGUUAUUAUAUUAAUACUUAUAGUUAUUAGUAUAGUUGUUCUAAUAAUAUAUUUUAUUGUUUCAAAAAUACAACGAAAAUGCCUACAAAGAGAAACAAAAAAGACAACAACACUUUUUAAAAUGAGUCGUUCGAAUAUCAGUUUUAUUUCACUUGGCAAUGGAAUUGUUGUGAAUAAAAAAGAAAUUGAUUUUGGUGAUGACAUUGCAGUCAAUGAAAAACAGAGAGAACUUCUGUGUGUUGGGAACACCACAAAAUAUAACACAAAAAUACAAAUCACAACAAAAAGUGAAAAUGUCACAAAAUACAAAUUUGAAACGCAACCAAAUGUCAUUGUCCUUGGCAAAGACGACGCCUGUGAAUUUGAAAUUUUUAUUGAAUUGAAAUGCACAACAAAGUUGAAUGAACGUCUAAUGUUAGUCGCAAAAAUGGGUGUAACUCACAAAAACCUUAUUAAGGAAGUUAAAAUCAAAGCAACUUCAAAAUUGUCGACUCGACUGGACCCAGACGAACUGACUGAGGAAAAAAUUCUUGGCGAAGGGUCGUUUGGUGUUGUGUAUAAAGGUGUUUUUAGAGGCAAUAAAGUUGCUAUUAAAAAGAUGAAGAACAGUGAAGAUAUGAAUGAAGAAAAUGAUGAAUUUACAAAGGAAGUAGCUAUGUUGGAUAAAUUCAGAAGUGAAUAUAUUGUUUAUUUUUAUGGCGCUGUGUUUAUACCAAGUAAGGUGUGUAUGGUCACUGAAUAUGCACCAUUUGGCAGUUUACAAGACUUAAUGAAACACAAAACAAGUGACGAAAUUGACAUUAAAAUACGAAUUAAAAUGAUGACAGAUGCAGCAAAGGGAAUAUCAUAUUUGCAUGAAAAUGGGAUAUUACACAGAGACAUUAAACCAGACAAUUUGCUUGUGUUUUUACUUGACUUGAAUGAUAAAGUCAAUGCUAAGUUGACUGACUUUGGAAGUGCGAGAAAUGUGAAUUUAAUGAUGACUAACAUGACAUUCACAAAGGGAAUUGGAACUCCAGUUUACAUGGCGCUUGAAGUGUUGAAUAGAGAGAAAUACACAAAAAGCGCAGAUGUCUAUUCGUUUGGAGUAACUAUGUAUGAAGUGUUCGGAUGGGCAGAAGCAUAUCCGAUAAAUACAUUUAAAUUUCCAUGGAAAAUAGCAGAGUAUGUGACAGCAGGAAAACGCCCCGAAAAAAGAAAAAAUAUUCCAGAUGUGUGGUUCGAAUUUAUUAAAAUGUGUUGGAAACAAAAUCCAAAGGAAAGAAAUUCGAUUACCAAAGUUGUUGAGUGCAUUCAAAAUAUUGAAUAA